AUGCCCGGGAUGCCAUCUAUGUACGAUCGGAUCCGUGAGGAUCUUGCCCAAAAAGAGCGUUCUUUAUGGACUGCCUUGACUUCUGCCGAACCUGUAGCUGCUCUUCAAAAGCUAUCGAAUCCCGAGGCCUGUUUCAUGUUUCCAAAGAAGGAUAUAUUGACUCUGGAGGACGAGGAGGAGUUCAGGAAUGCUCUGAAGCCUCCAUUCCAUCGAUUUGACGGUUAUCAGUUUGAUGAUGUUCGGAUAAUCAUCCUUGAUCUCAUGGCUGGUAUUAUUACAUAUAGAAUCCAUGCUGUUCGUGGAAAGAAAGAAUACCGUGCGACAUGCUCCACUACCUGGAGCCAAGGAUCUGAUGGAGAGUGGACGCUCGGAGCGCACCAAGAGACUCUGAUGUAG